AUGGAUGAUUCUAUUCAGGAUCUCUACCAACGUCUUUCGCUGACUAAAAAGGAAAGUGAGGAGAUUGUGGUGGUGCCUGAACAAUUGCAGGAUUCUAUUAUUGGUGGUGAUAAGUGUUUGAUUAUGAAGUUAUUCACUGAUAAGCAUUACAACAAGGAUGUGUUUAAGAGUACUAUGAGGAAAGCUUUGCGAUUAACGAUGGGGGUGAGAUUUCGUGAUUUAAGUUCUACUCUCAUGUUUGUUGAGUUCGAUGAUAGGAGGGAUAAGGAGAAGGUUAUUCAGGAGGGCCCUUGGUCUUUUGACAAACACUUGGUUUUAUUAAAAGAUGUUGAUGGCAGAAAACAAGUAAAGCAAAUUCAAUUAACUUCGGCAUCUUUCUGGGUGAGGCUUCAUGAUUUGCCUUUGAUGGCGAGAAAUGAAUACGUUGGUCGAUUACUGGGGGAGAAAAUUGGAGUUUUCGAGAAAGUGGAUGUGGACGAAGGUGCAAUUGCAUGGGGAGAAUUUCAACGUGUUUGUGUAAACUUGCAAAUCUCUAAGCCACUGCUGAGGGGUUCCAUGUUCUCAAUUGGGGGUGGUGAACCCGUUUGGGUUCGGUUCUCUUAUGAAAGACUCCCAAAUUUUUGCUAUCUAUGUGGUUGUUUGGGACAUGGGGAGAAGGAAUGUACUGCUGUGACAUCUACUUCCAAGUUCUCUGGUAUGGAUGCUUUACCGUAUGGAAUGUGUCUUCGGGUAGGUGGGUAUAAUGCACGUUUCUUCGGGGGAACAAACCAAGCAAAGUAA